UCGCACGGACUUCUAUCUAGUAUGGUUUAGUUUGGAAAAAAAAUCCAAUUUAUUCAUUGUUUUGCUUCAAAUGUCAUCAAAUUUAUUAUGUGGAUUGAUAUUGUUUAGCAUGUAUAAUCUCUGCAGUUAGUGACGGACCCACGUAUAGUCAUAGUGGGACCCAGGACAACCUAUUAUUUUAUUAAAAAAAAAAAAAAAAAUUUCACGAAUCACGCUGUACUCCUUCCUCUCUCUGUACUCCUUUAGAUGUAUUUCUCGCUGUAUUCCUUCCUCUCUCUCUCCUCCAUUUAAGCGUACUCGAAAUUCUCCAUUGAAGGGGCUUCUGAGCUUUCUCUCCUCCAUUGAAGCAGUCUCUAAGGGCUAUAAUUUUUGAUAAUUUAACCUAUGAAGUUGUGGUGACAAGCAUAAUAAGCUUGCUUGUUAGAAGAGGAUUAGGUUAUUGAAACCAAAUUUUGCAAGCUUGGCUUCUUUUGAUCUACUAACUUUGCUUUUGAGGGAGCUAUAGAUUGGCAGUGGUUGUUAUCAAAUGAUACUCCUGCAAUCCCAUUCGAAGUAUCUUCUCCAACUCCUCACAAAUCGCCUUCAAAACCUUGACAAAGGUGUUGAACUGGACUGCCAAUGGAUUGAGUUUGAUGAUGUGCGAUUCAACGUCCAGACUUCUAUGAAGAAUCCACUCAUCUUGUUGUUGUCAGUAUCAUUACCUACACCACCUCCUGGAGCUAUAUUUGUUGGAGGGCUGCCUAGUGGAGCUAUAGAAGCUAUAAAAGCUGCAUAUGGAACAGUGGUGAAAAUGCUAGACCCUCCAAAAGAUGGAUUUAAUCUCACACUGAGGCUGAAUUUCUCAAAGCUUUCUUCUGAUGAAGAAACUAGACAGGCUCUGUUGAUGAAGGUUGCCUCUGUUAGGGAAGUGGUCCUUGGUGCACCUUUAAGGGUGAUCUUAAAACAUCUUGCUUCAAGAUCACUUGCUCCUGAUAUGGAUCAAUUAGUUGCUCUAGUGCAUCGGCCUAAUGAAGCAUUCUUUCUUAUUCCUCAGACUGAAAAAGUGACAGUCAUAUAUCCUAUGAGAUUUAAAGAUUCCACAGAUACAUGUCUGGCCACUUCUUUUCUGCAGGAAUUCGUUGAAGCGCGUCGUAGUGCUAGUGCUGGACUGAAUAAUGCUCCUUCGUGUCAAUGGUCACCUUCACCACCUGAAGAACUUGCAGGAGUGCCUGCAGAAGCGUUAUCUGCAAAUGCUGGCUUUGUUUCUUUUGUCAUUUUCCCACGCCAUGUCGACAUCAAGAAGAUAGAUAGAACUGUAUGGCUUUUGUCAACCUUUCAUGCAUAUGUUAGUUACCAUGUCAAGUGCUCUGAAGGAUUCAUGCAUACUCGAAUGAGGCGUCGCGUGGAAUCUUUGAUUGAGGCACUUGAUCGUGCCAAAUCAGAUCCGGAGAAGACAAAGAAAGUUGGGACUAAAACAUCCUUUAAGCGACUGAGCCUAAAGGAUUCUCGGAGCAAUUCAAAUUCAAAGGCUUCAGCCAGUUGGAGAUAAUUUUUAUGGUUAAUUUUGGAGGUAACCUUGAAAACUUAGAGCUCUACACAUUUGCAUCGAAUAGCUUCAGCUCCAGAUUUUGACAAAUUGUGCCUGGCACGUCAUUUCAUGUGGUUGCUCAACUUCCAGAAAGGUGCAAUUUUAUUAACUUUUCUAUCAAUCCUUCUGGCUAUCUUGUACGAGUUUCAUGCCCAUGGAGUUAAAAGCUGAGCAGAUCAAAUGCUCCAUUUUUCCUAGCCUUUUUUUUUUUUUUUUUCUUUUUCCUUUUCUUUUUCAUAGUCUUGAAGUUAGGUAUAUUUUGUCAUUUAUCUUGUGAGAAACUGAUUCUUGUAGUUGAUACUAAUUGAAAUUAGAAUUCUUUAUCAUAUGCUAGUUGGUGUUGGCAUAGUGUCAAUGGUCCUCUAUGUCUGAUGACUUUGAAAGCUGUUUGUACAUUGUAGUUUUUGAGAUAGGACAUUAUGGUUCAGUUUAUGCUU